UAUGAUUCUCAUAUGGACCCAGAAACAACAGAUGAUUCCAGAAUCAUCAUCAUCAUCUGAGGAAGAAGAUGAAGAAGAGGAGGAGGACAUCGUCGCUCUGUCUCUGAUGUCCUCAGUUCUUCUGUUUCUCAUUUUCGCUCAGGUCGACCUGAAGCCCCUCCCAACUCGACCUGUGACGUCACAGCUGUAAGGUGUGUGUGUGUGUGUGUGUGUGUGAGAGAGAGAGAGAGCCUAUUUAAAGGGCUGCCUCUCUCUCGUUGGGCGAUCGACACGGCUUACCGCCUGCUGCUGCCUUCAGUGAAUCAAACUUGUGUUUUUCCUCGGAGACGUCUGCAGAAGAAACAGUCAGAGCAGAAAUGUCUCUGAUCUCCAUCCUGCUGCCUCUGACAGGACUCUUCCUCUCCAUGUCUCAGACGAUUCUCUCUCAGUCCACUACUGAAGCGCCAUACCCGGUCACCUGCGUUACCCGUGGAGCCGACCUGAUGGACGCCGGCGUGGUGGUUCUGUGUCCGCCCGACUGCACCCAGUGGAGGGUGUCAGUGUUCGGGACGGGUGUCUACGCCUCCGUCUCCUCCGUCUGCGGCGCGGCGGUCCACAGGGGGGUGCUGUCUCCGUCCGGGGGCCCCGUCAAGGUCCACAAGCUGCAGGGACGAUACAACUACAUGAGCUCCUACGCCCACGGGAUCCAAUCACAGCCCCUGACCCGCUGGAGCAACUCCUUCAGCCUCACCAAGCCUGUUAACGUUCCAUUAGAGUUGACCAGUGACACCAGCACCACCGCUCGGCCUGCGGCUGCUCCACCAGUGAGAAAGCCACCGAAGAAGCCCUCAGUGAAGAAAGCUCUGACGGGAGGAAAUAAAGACUGUCAGAUGGACAUCGCCAUGGUGAUUGACGGCAGUAACAACAUCGGGCAGCGAAGAUUCAACCUGCAGAAGAACUUUGUCGCCAAACUGUCAGCCAUGUUGAGAGUCGGCCCGACAGGACCACACGUGGGUGUGAUACAGGCCAGUGAUUCUCCCAGGACUGAGUUCCUUCUGACCAACUACACUCAGCCUAAAGAGCUGCUGUCUGCCAUCAAGGAGGUGGCCCACCUGGGGGGAAACACCAACACAGGUCGAGCCAUCCUUCACGCGGCGGAGAGCUUCUUCCUGCAGGAGAACGGGGGGAGGCGGGGCCACCCCCGGGUGAUGAUGGUGCUGAUUGACGGGUGGCCGUCUGAUGACCUGGAGCAGGCGGCCACGUUGGCCCGCGAGUCCGGCAUCAACGUGUUCCUGGUGUCUGUGGCCAAGCCGGCGCCCGAGGAGCUCACCAUGGUGCGGGACGAGGACUUCGUGAAGAAGGCGGUGUGCAGAGACAACGGCUUCUUCAGUUACCUGAUCCCCAGCUGGUUCAGCACCAACAAGCACGUGAAACCGCUCGCUCAGAGACUCUGCUCGCACGACGGCCUGCUCUGCAGUAAAACCUGUUUCAACUCUGUGAACAUCGGUUUCCUCAUCGACGGCUCGUCCAGCGUCGGCGAGGGGAAUUUCCAACUGGUCCUGGACUUCCUGGUGGGAAUCGCCAGGAGCUUCGACAUCUCCGACGUGGGAGCUCGCGUUGGUGCGGUGCAGUUCACCUACGACCAGCGGCUGGAGUUCGGCCUGUCGGACCACGUGGACAAAGAGGAGGUCGUCGAGGCGCUGAAGAGGAUUCCUUACAUGAGCGGAGGGACGGCCACCGGGGGCGCCAUCAGCUACACCAUGCAGAACCUGUUCAGGCGAACCGGACCGGGCCGCAACUUCCUCAUCGUGGUGACGGACGGCCAAUCGUACGACGACGUGAGGAUUCCAGCGCUGGACGCGCAGAAACAUGGCAUCACCAUCUUCUCUGUGGGCGUGGCCUGGGCCCCGAUGGAUGACCUCAGAGCGAUGUCAUCACAGCCAAAAGACAGCCACACCUUCUUCACCAGAGAGUUCACCGGCCUGGACGAGUUCGUCCCGCCGCUGGUCCGAGCAAUCUGCCGAGACUUCACCGAGAACAACUGAGCUCACACACACACACACACACACACACACACACACACACACACACACAGGAAGGACGAGGAUCUCACGGUAACUGGCUUUCGCGACAACACAUCACGCGGAUAUUUAGUGAAGCGAGUUUAGCAUUAUUCGCGGCGCGAUUAAUGUGAAUUUCGUGUUUCUGAUUCGACUUUGUGUGCGAUCCCUCGCACCAUGAGAGAAACUGUCACUGCACAGGUUCAAGAACAGGUCCUCACAAGUUUACAACACACAUUUGUACCACUGUGGUUUUGAGGUCACCUACAAACACACGUUAUUAAUUCUAUAAACCUGAAACUGUAACUUUGUAAUGUAGGUUUUAGGACAGGACGAGACAAAACGUCUGUCAGGAAACACAGGUCACCAAGGUCAUUCACUUAAACAUGUUGCUAAGCAACUGAACCUAAAGCCAAACGUUAAAGUGAGAAAACAAACUGAACAUUUAUCUCCACUUUACUAAAUGUCCUCACAAAGACAGGAUUACAAGAACACACACUGUAUAUACACGUACACAUAUACCAAGCUAUACUGAUAUUAUAUAUGUAUGAAAACACUUCAUAAGUGUUCAUAACAGACACAACAUGGAAACAUGCAAUUAUACACAAAGAACAUGUUUUAAAUUUAAUGAAGGUGUUGGACAUAAAUAUAAUAAUCAUCAACAGCAGGAAACAGAAUCAUUCACUCGACAGCUCAAAUUGUUUCUACAUUAUUAUUAUUAUUAUUAUUAUGAAUAAAGUGUUUACAGAUAACCCAGAUGAGUGACACCUCUGAAAAGACCGAAGCUGAACCUGUAACAACAAUCACUAAUAUCACUUGAAUUAAUCUGAUUAACUUUAAAUCAGAUCAAACGUGAUAGGACUUUUUAAACCGAUCAUAACUGUGACAUGAAACUGGUUAAAGAGAAAAACCAAAUCACAAAUAAGAACGUUCGUCUCCCGAUUACAAAAUAAACGAUCUGUAACUGUGACGAAGUUUACUCAUAUUUCUAAUUUACUUAAUUGAAUUUUAAUGAUGAGAAAAUUUGCCCAAAAUUAUUGGAUCUGUAUCAAAUGUCCAUCACCAGUAACUGAAGAUUUUGUGAUUGUGAAUCUAUAACUCGUUAUUAUAAGUAAAAUUCAAACUGGAUCCUGAUGUCAUCAUACAUCUGAGAUCUACAUUUAUUAUUUACAAGACAUUAUGAGAUCUGUAUCUUAAAGCUGAUGUGAAAUUCUUUGCUCGUAGAUUAAAAUCACAACAUCUGUUCAUUAUUUAAAAUCACUGUUUUGAGGGAAAAGUCCCUGUUUCCUGUUUUUCCUUUCGAAAAUAUAUUUAACGGAAAAUAACUCAAAUAGAAAUUAAUCUGUUUUUUUUUAACCCAGAUUGUGGAAAAUACAUUUUAGUUGAAAUAUCUGAACAAUGUAUCAGUAAAUGCAAAUAAUUAUUUCCUCUUAAUACAAAAAUUCAUUUUAGAAAAAGGGCUUAAAUCAACAACCUUUAAAAUAUCAAAAGCCUCUGACAGAAGAUUUUUUUAAAGGGUUGAAAUGAUCCGUCCGGUUCCUCAGAUCGUGUGAUGAUCUGAAGAACAGAUACGAACAUUGUUGUUGGGAUGGUUGGUGUCAUUUCUGUAUUUAUUUCCUGUUUUUUUUCCCAAUAAAGAAAAAAGUUAUUUUUA